UUAAAAAAUCCAUUGCGGAAUAUUUGUACUGAACUGAAACAAAAUUCCGAUUUUCCAUCAGACAAAUUUAACUCAAAAUAAUUCAUUUAUGUGCUUAAGUCCAGUAAAAAGUGAUUGAUUGAUCAAACAAAGUGAAAAUCAUUACAUAAUGUAGAAAGAAAACAAAUUAAAAGGCGAUAAAAGGAAAGAAAACCAAUUGAAAAUCUUGGAAGACAGUGCAUAGUGUUUUUUUUUUCUUUUCCCACUCGCUCGCUGUCCACACUUGCCAAUUUUUGUUCUGUCCCAAAGGGAACAAUAAAAAAGCAGCGCCACUAUAGUAAUGUUAAUGAUAAUAUUCCAAAGGCAAAAGUGAAAAGCAAGAUACAACAAAAAAGUAUUUCGCCGUACCGUGGUGUUUCUUGUUACUCUAAUAAAAAAAAAAAGAAACUAAAAAGGAUUCAACCAAAAAUCCGUCGGGAAUUUUUGAUAUUUCUUCAAUUAAUCGGUUUUUCUUGUGAAUAUUUUGUAUUAAAAUCAUGAUUCUAAACAACAUGUGGACACCAACUAUUAAUCAAGACCCGAAACCGCUGUGAAAGCUGAAAAAAUUAUUAAUUUUUGUGUAUUUUCGUCGGUUUUAUUUUGUCAUCGUCGUCGUCGAUGUCCAUCUCGCAUCUCGCCGUGGCUGUAGGAAUUAUAUUUUGUCGUAGUCGAAUUCGUUGUCGUUGUCGGUGUCCACCUCAUGCUCUCGGUCUCGAUCUUGACGUUGAAUUUCAAUUCCAGGCGCUCCUCCAACCUCGUUGAAGCUAAUUAUCUUACACAUAGAUCGUAAAAACACAUUAAAUUGUCUACCAGUAAGGAAAACCUAUCUCAUUAAUCUGUCUAGGAUAUUCUGCAUUCCCAAUAUCAAGAAAUCAUAAUUCAAUCAUGUCUGGAAAUAAUCCCCAUGGUCACCUUAGUCAACCUCAAAAUUCAUCAUGGAAUCCACUGCAGAUACCGUCUUACAUUCCAAGGCAACCACAAUUGGCACAUAUGUCCAAUGAAAGGCCGAUGGUUCGCUCACCAUUAGCUUGGCAUAAUCCAACGCCACCGGAAUCCCUUUACAAUUUCAUAUCGGCUAACCAUAAAAACCUAGAACAGUUGAAUCCUUUGCUGCCGUCGUUCGUUAGAGGUCCUUCCCCAUUUGAUUCGAUGGAUUUGUCAUUGCAAUCGAAUCGCAAUAGUAGUUCCCCGCUAACAAAAGGUUUAUCAGCUUCGGUGCCACCAGAGUUUGGUCAUAAACCGCCGCCAUUACCUUCCCAUUCACAAAAUAAUUUCCCCAUUCAUAACUUAUCGACUAACUCUAAUGCUCAUCACUCUCAAUCAAUGAGUGCGGCUCCACCGCCACCACCUUUGCCGAAGUAUAUGAACACAAAUGGAAAUGAUGUGGAGAUGCAGCAACAAGCAUGUGGACUCUUUAUAAGGGAUACUGAAAGGAUAAAUGACGAGUACGCAAAGAUUACUAAUAGGAGCUGUGAAAGUGAUAUUCAAACAAAUAUGACAAAGCCAGUAGAACUGGUAAAGGAGCCUACUUAUACAAAUUUAUCAAAUAAAUUGAUGCAAAGUUCACCCAAAAAAUUGUCUCCGCCAUCGAGUCAUCAACAGCAGCUUCUUCAACACCAACAACAGCAACUUCAUCACCAGCAGCAUCAGCCACAACACCACCAACAACAGCAACAGCAUCAGCAACAGCAGCUCCAGCAGCAGCAACUUCAACAACAACAGCAACAGCAUCAGCAACAGCAGCUCCAACAGCUCCAACAGCAACAACAUCAACAACAACAACAUCAGCAGCAUCAGCAACAACAGCAUCAGCAACAGCAACACCAGCAACAGCAACACCAGCAUCAGCAACAGCAACAACAGCUUCAACAACACCAGCAUCAGCAACAACAACAUCAACAACAACAGUUGCAACUUCAGCUGCAGCAGCAGUUUUCUUGCUUAACCAAUGGACCAGCUUCUCCUGACAACAAUCGUCUUAAUCACCUAGCCAACUUUAGUGCUCCUCAGAACCAUAUGGUUACUGCAGCUGAACCAGCAUCUGUUGGCACUUGUUUACCACCAAAAUGUGGUACUGAUUUGACAACAGCCACAGCUACAGAAAAUUCCUGCAACAGCGUCUCAACUAACGACUCUCCGGCUAAUGUCACUUCCAAUGAAGACUCAGUCGAUUCCAGUGGAUCACGAACGCGUCGGAAGCGAAAGCCUAACAAAACCAUUCGCGUCUCGCAUGAUAGUGAGACUGACGAAAAUAUUUCACUUGGGGAACAAGUUACCAAACAGGAUGAAAAGACUACACCACCUCUGCCAGCCAUUGCUGAAAUUUCAAAUAGCAAUGGAUCACUUUCCCUGAAGCCAGAAUCUGUUCAAGUGCAGGAACUACCGAAAGAAGAAACAUGCUUCAGUAAUAAUCGAAUUCUGGAAGAGCCACCUCAAGUACCGGAUGCUCCGCAAUCUCCAUCACCACCACCACCGACAGUAGAAAUAAAACAACCAGUGAUAGCUGAAACCAUAGAUUUGCGUUCUAGUACUGAGAGCGAUGACGCCUUGCAUCCGCCAUGUGAAGUAGCCAACAACAGCCUCAUGCAUAGAAGUGACUCGGAUGACGUUGAGACUAUUGAUAAAAUAGCCGAGAUGAUUGCCAAGAGUGGUAAUUCUGGUACUAGUCGAACGAUUAGUUUUGAUGAGCCUAUUGGCAGUUGUAGCAAUGGUAGCACUAAGAAGGACACUCCUUCUAGUCCUGUUGUGAUAAAUGACGACGAUGAAGAGACAAACAAAUCUCCUCUGUAUGUUCGGCAAGGUCCUCGCACUCCAGACACUAUAGCUGAUCCGCCAUCAGUGGACAGGACUUCUUGUAAGGCGACAAGCGACUUGAAAAGCAUAUUCGAAACCUCAUCACCAUCUUCCCCGGUGGAAAUAAUGGAGAACCCUACACCACUGCCACCAUUACCCCCACCAUUAGCACAAAUUGCACAACCGCCACCACCACCACCACAGGUUUCUCCGAGGCCCCUUUCACCGCGGCCACCUUCCCCACCACCAGUUACAUUUGCAGUUGCAGAUAAAUUAGAAGAGAAAGAGGAGCCAAUACCAAUGGAAGUGGAAGUCUCAAAAGAAACACAAUUGUCGCCCAAAAAUAAAGCUGACUGUGCAAAGAGCACUUUUGAAGAGGUGGAAUACAAGCUCGAAGAAAUGUUCGCAGGAAUCGAAGAUGAACCACAAACCGUAAACGCUCCACCUAUUGAUGAUACAGCCAAUAGUGAAGUAGCCACGGAUUUGAGUCUUGCUUUAGCUUUGCCAACACCGACAAAAACAACACUUAAAGAAGACGAAGAUGACGAUGACGACUCCGAACACAAGCCGCUUAGUUCAAUUGCUUCAACUUCGAAUGCCACACAAAAACGCCAACAUUCCACCCCAAAAAAUGAACCAGGACCCGCCAAAAAGAGAGUACGUUUGACUAAGAAAUCUUCGAACAAGAAAAAUAAAGGAAAGCCCAAUACGUCAUCUGCUACAACGAGUAAGACAUCCAAUGCUCAAGGAAGUAAGUCUAAAAAUAGCGUUAAUGCAGGCAAUAGCUCAAAAGCGAUAGCAACAAAAGUUGAAGACUCGCAACCCGUUCCGAUGUUAGCUGAGCCCAAACUCAAAGGUCCAUAUAUUUUGGUUAAACCGGACGGGUCUAUAAAUGUCAUAAACGCCCCAAUUGCCGAAGACGAUGCAGAAAAAGUAAGCAAAGUAAAGAAAGGUUCAAAUUCUCAUGCCGAUAGGAGUAAAAUACGUGGCAUUCAUAUGAGUACAUUAGGCAAUAAGUACGAUGCUGAAACGGCAGAUGCCACUUGGAUGUGUGUGUUCUGUAAGAAAGGACCGCACAAAUUUGGUCUGGGAGAUCUUUUUGGACCCUAUAUUAUAACGACGAAAUGUGAGGAUUUCAAUUCCGCCGAAAGAGGUGAGAACGAGAAUGAAUUCGUUAGCCGGAGAAAGAAGUGCGAAAUGUUUCAGAAGACGCCAUAUUCAUUGCCAGUUGUGCCAUCGGCGCAUUCAAAUGAAUCCAAUGUAAAUAACAAAAAGAAAAAGAAAGUAUUUGAUCAACAGUCAAGCUCAUUAACAGAAAAAUCGCCCGAAGAAAGAUUCUUUGGAAUGUCCAAAGUAUCAGAGACCAGCUAUGAGGUGUGGAUGCAUGAAGAUUGUUCAAUUUGGGCACCCGGUGUCUUUCUUAUUGGUGCUCGAAUAGUUGGUUUAGAAAGUGCAGUAUGGAGCAGCACGAACUAUACUUGCACAGUGUGCUCACAAAAAGGUGCCAUGAUAUGCUGUUUACAUCGUGGAUGCGGUGAAAAGUCGCAUAUACCUUGUGCUAGACUAUCCUCCUGGGACCUCAACGAAAGAGACUUCAAAACGUAUUGCGAGAAGCAUGCACAAAUUGAAAUUGAAACUGCGUCCUCAUCGUGAAUCUUAGUGUUCCCUCUCAAAAAAAUAAACCUUUCUAAAUUUCUUAAAAAUCUAUGUCUCUUAUCUUUCUCACUCUCACAAAAUUAUUAAAAUAAAAACAAAAAAUGAUUUUUAUUCAUGAAAAUGACAAUGGGAGAUAGGAAUAAAAUUAAUUGAAUGCCCGCCCAAGCCAAGGGGCUGUUUCGAAAGAAAAAACAAUGCUUUAAGUUCCCUUAAUAUUAAAAAUUAAAUAAACAUUAUCAAAACACUACUUGUUAAUCACAUAAAAAUCAUUUUUAUUACAUAAGACUGUAAAUAUAAAUUUCUCUUAUUUCUAAAGUAAAGUAAAAAUAAUUGCAAAAUAAAAAUUUAAAAAAAAAAAAAUUAUCGAAAACGAUAUUUAUAACAAAAUAUGUACAGUUUCUUAUUUCAAUCGAAAAAAAAACAAAAACAAGGAAAGGAAAAUACAUUUAAAUUGAAUGCAAAUAGUUUCUCUAGGUAGUUGAUUCUUAAAUAGUAACUUAAAAAACAAAAAGAAA